AUGACACCCUCUGGAAGCCCCAAAGUUGCAGAGGCUGCAGCCAAGACCAAACCAAGGAAGCCACCAAAGUGUAGUGCCUGUGGCUUGGUUGGUCACAGAAAGAAUUCAUUGGAUUGCCCAUGCAAACAUCAAAAUUUGACACCAACUGAUGUUCCGAAUACACCAAGGGGAAAUCAAGUACUAGCAAGCGUAGCAACCAUCAUCAAGGUCAUCUACAUCAUCUAUGAUAUUGAAACAACGGGAUUCUCCAAAAUAUUGAAUGAAAUCAUUGAAUUGUAUGCCAUUGGAUUGGAUAACGAAGGAGAUGAACUUGCCGGGACUGGACCAUUUUAUUCACUAGUCAAACCAAGACAGGGUGUUAGCGACUCUAUUGCAAUCCAUGGCAUCACAGAUGCCAAGCUGAGGAAUAAAAGCGACUUCAAGACUGUUGGAAAUGCAUUUAUGACCUGGAUCAAGAAGAAUAUUGGGAAUGAUCCCUGCACAAAGAUUGAUCCAUAUCUAUGGGUAAAGCACCAGGACUAUCCUUAUGGAAUUAUUCGCCCACACAACUUCAAGCUUGCGACUAUGUACAAGUAUAUCACAGGAAAGGACCUCGAUGGCGCUCAUCAAGCAAUGGCUGAUGUUGAAGCAUUAGUCAACAUUUUUAAGCAUCCACCCAUUUGGUCAAAGAGAAAAACCCUAUUGACUCGUCUCGAAUGGUCCAAAGAGAGUCCUGUUUCCCAAGAAGAAGCUCUGACGGUUGUGGCGGAAGACGAAACCUGUUGGGCGCCUGAAGAAGCACUUGCGGAGUCAGCUGGCUCUUUCAUGGAAGCUGACGAGCGCUACCAACUUGCGGAGCCGGAUCCUACUGACAAAGAUGAUGAAGAAGGAAUUCCUCAACAGACUCUUCCACCAAAAGAAGGCUGGAUCACAUCAACAACGUUUGAGGGUGUUGAUUCUCCAACAAAGUUUGAAGAGAAGCGCCGAACUAUUAUUCAAAGCCCGCCAGCCACUCGGACCAAAGAUCAGGACGAACCUUCAAUCCCUUUUGGAAGGAAGGGCAUACAACAUGCACCUGGAAGCCUCAAUAGUGUUCCUAAGGCUUUUAAUUCCGUUUUCACACAGAGAAUUAUGUCUAAUGUAGUGAAGAGAACAAACGAAUAUGGAUCCGCAUUAAAGGGUGCUGAUUGGAAGGACGUCACAUGUGACGAUCUCAUAGAUACUCUCUCUGUUCUUUGGAUUGCCUCAUGCCAAAGAAGGCGGGAUGGACCUUUGCUUGGUUCUCUGAGGAUCCACUGA